GCAACGAGUUAUUUCUUUUAGUGUGUAUGGUGCUGUCUUGUGUUUCUUUGGUUUUUCAGGAAUUACUUCGAGGGUUAUCAGCGAUUCCAAUCUGAAAAAAACAGUCCGUAGAUAAAUAUUUAAACAAGUUUCGCUUCUAAUACGACAUCUUGUUACAAUAAACAAGAAAAAAAACUUUCAAUAAUAUACAGUACAUACAUUCUAACACGAAAAACAAAUACACUCAAACAAAAAACUCGCAGCAAGGAUACCGUAGAUAGUGUAAGCGCACGCCGCAGCAAAGCAAGGAAAGAAAAAUAUUGAAUAACAAAAAAAUGGGUGGUUGUGCGUCGAAAGAUAAAAAGGAAAAAGUGGUGGAAAAUAAUGAAACAGCUGCCAACGGAACCGGCAACGGCGGGGAUGCCGCGAACAGUGGCGGUGAAGGGUGUGUAUCUAACUCGAUGGUAUUUUUGUCGAGAAACAAAUCAGACACUAUGGUUGACGCAGCAGUUCUGGAAAAAUUGGAGGCUGGAUUCGCCAAGCUUGCCGCUUCGGAUUCCAAGUCCCUGUUGAAGAAGUAUCUGACCAAGGAGGUCUUCGAUGCUCUGAAGAACAAAAAGACUUCCUUCGGUUCCACCCUGUUGGACUGCAUUCAAUCUGGAGUUGAAAACCUCGACUCCGGUGUCGGUAUCUACGCCCCGGACGCCGAAUCGUACUCAGUUUUCGCUGAUUUGUUCGACCCGAUCAUCGAGGACUACCACAAGGGCUUCAAGAAGUCCGACAAGCACCCGGCCUGCGACUUCGGUGAUGUCAACUCGUUCGGCAACGUCGACCCGACCGGCGAGUUCGUCGUCUCGACCCGUGUCCGCUGCGGUCGCUCGAUGGAGGGAUACCCCUUCAACCCCUGUCUGACCGAAGCCCAGUACAAGGAAAUGGAACAGAAGGUCUCGACCACCCUGUCCGGAAUGGAGGGUGAGCUGAAGGGCAAGUUCUACCCGCUGACCGGUAUGGAGAAAUCGGUCCAGCAGCAGCUGAUCGAUGAUCACUUCCUGUUCAAGGAAGGCGAUCGUUUCCUGCAAGCCGCUAACGCGUGCCGUUACUGGCCAUCUGGACGUGGUAUCUACCACAAUGACAACAAAACCUUCUUGGUCUGGUGCAAUGAGGAGGAUCAUCUUCGUAUUAUCUCCAUGCAGAUGGGUGGUGAUCUGGGACAGGUCUACCGUCGUCUGGUCACCGCUGUCAAUGAUAUCGAGAAGCGUGUGCCGUUCUCCCACCAUGACCGUCUCGGUUUCCUGACCUUCUGCCCAACCAACCUUGGAACCACCAUCCGUGCUUCGGUCCACAUCAAGGUUCCGAAACUGGCCAAGGACUACGCAAAGUUGGAGUCGAUUGCUGACAAGUACAACCUGCAGGUCCGUGGUACCCGCGGUGAACACUCCGAGGCUGAGGGCGGCAUCUACGAUAUCUCCAACAAGCGCCGCAUGGGUCUGACCGAGUACCAGGCCGUCAAGGAGAUGUACGAUGGCAUUUCUGAACUCAUCAAGAUUGAAAAGUCACUGUAAAUCAAAAACACACCCUACUAAUCCAACACUAACACAAGCAAGAGAAAAGAAAUUAAUUGGUAAAGACCGUUGAAUAAAAGCCAAAAAUAUGAUAAAAAGUGAA